GUUCAUGCCACGCCAACGUUUCAAUAUGCCAUCCCUGUCUACCAACGAACAUACAUAGGAUAGCGGCUGACUUGCAGCUAGGACCAACUGACAGUGACACGGACUUGAGUGGCCCACAGUCUACAGUGCUCGAGAAGAUUAUGCCAUCCCGGGAACGCCGUAAUCACAAUGUUGUUUGAAAACGCUAUGCGGGCUAUGUCACUGGUCAUCGAGCUCCACAGUGGCACGACAUUCACUCCUGACAUGCACGAAAACGAUCCCACGCCGUGUCGGGUGGUCUGCUAGAAUUCCAUAAUCCUUGGUAUCAUGCUGUAGCCCCCCCCCUCCUUCCUCACGGCGAAAUUAUUAACGCCGUCGGCGACAGCAGUGACACACUUCAGGCUCAAGCACAUUCCGAGUGCCACAAUAACAGAAGCUUUCCGUCCGUGAACCUCGAGAAAUCUCGUCGAUGUUCUCCACUUCGAUCUUUGUGUCCACGUUCGUCGCCUUCUCGCGCCUUGAUAUGUGUCCACGCUUCUUAUGCCUUCUCCUCGUGGACGUAUUCAUUUCCUGUCCGUUCGUUAAUGCGAUAUCCGUGAAGAGCAACAUAUUGGUGAUAGCCCAGAACGACAAUACACUAUCCACGGCGGAUGCUGUCCUGAAAGGAUACGGGAUUCCAUACACCAACGAGCUGAUAGCCACAUCGACCGACAGUCUCCCUAGUCUCAAUGACUCCGCGACCAGUGGCAAUUAUGGAGGUUUUAUCGUCCAUGGCACCGCCCUGAGUACUGGACAGCUGCAACAGAUCUACAGUUACCAAGCAGCGUUUGGUGUUCGAAUGGUCCGAUGGGAUGUCGUGCCCACAGCAGAGUUUGGAAUGGCAGAGGCACGUAGUGGCUGCUGCAACUUAGGGACAGAACAGUUGGUCUCCAUCACCGAUACUACGUUCUUUCCCACGGCUGGGUACAAGACCGGAGCCGGCAUUACAACAGAACAACUGUGGCAUACACCAGGAACGAUUGCAAACUCCUCGAUUGCUACAGAGGUGGCACAGUUCGCCAGUGCUGGAACCUUCAAGACUUCUACCACCGCAGCAGUGGUCAAUAAGAUUGGAAACAGAGAGCAGCUGGUCUGGUUUAUGCCCUUCGAGGCCGCAUGGUCCGUCACUUCGCAUAUCCUAAUGCAUUCCUGGGUUCACUUCUUGACCCGGGGAAUCUACACCGGCUUCAGACGCGUCAACCUUGGCACCCAAGUCGACGACGUCCAUCUAGUAACAGGCCUAUAUUCACCCAAGGGCUCAACUUUCCGGCUGCGCGCCCAAGAUCUCGAGAUACACAAGACAUGGCUUCCGACCAUCAUCUCCAAGAUGAACCCAGGAUCCAACUUCUACAUCGAACUAGCUCACAACGGCAACGGCAACGUUGCAAACGCCUCCUCCCUCAACUCGAGAACAUGCAGUCCAGGCGCCAUCACCUACACACCCAACCCCGAGACGACGGUAGAGUUCGUCAAGCCCCCAGGCACAGGAACAAACGUCUGGCCCAGCAGCCCAACAUCCUUCUCCUGGACGACGCAAUGCCUCGCCCUCGACACAAUGGAGCAAUGGUUCGCCGCGGCCGCCAACCUCAACACCUUCGCCCACCUCUCCCACACCUUCACCCACCUCUCCCUCAACAACGCCACCUACGCCGACACCGCCCGCGAAAUCGCCUUCAACAAGGCCUGGCUCACCGCCUCCGGCAUCGCCAGCGCAACACACUUCUCCCCAAACGGCCUCGUGCCCCCCGCCAUCACAGGCCUCCACAACCUCGACGCCCUCCAAGCCUGGCUCGACAACGGCAUCUCCUCCGCCGUCGGCGACAACACCCGCACAAGCCUCCUCAACACCCAAAACGAACACUGGCCACUCCUCCUCACCGCCCCAGCCCCCUUCACCAUCAUCCCCCGCUGGGCCACAAACAUCUACUUCAACUGCGACCUGCCCGCCUGCAUCGAGGUCGAGUACCGCGACGCCUCGGGCGGCACGGCAGCCACAUUUGCACAGGUGCUCGACAUCGAGCGCGAGACGAACGUGCGGCACCUGUUUGCGCUGCGGCGCGACCCGUUCAUGUUCCAUCAGGCGAACAUGCGUGCCGUGGACGUGGCGGGCGGGAAGAGCCUGUUGAUGACGUGGAUUGAGACUGUGGUGGGGGAGUUUGUGCGCAUAGUAUCCUGGCCCAUUCUCACGCUCACUCACGACGCCCUUGCGCAGGCCUUCCUCGCUCGGCGCACGCGCGACAUGUGUGAGCCCUCGUUGGUGUAUAAUCUGAAUGCCGCGGGCAACGCCAUCGAGAGCGUGACGGUGUCGGCUACGAACAUGAAUUGCGCUAGUCCGAUCCCGGUCUCACUACCAGGAGAUGUGGUAAGUCGCGGGACGGCGACGGCGGAGCAGGUUGGGAGCGACCCGUUGACACUGUGGGUGCAGCUGGCAGGCACAGCGCAGACAUUUGUGCUGACGAGCAGCGUACCCGUCGUUCGAGGCUCUUGAAUAGACUCUGGCAGAAAAGCGGUACAUAUACUAUGGUGUCUCAAGUCACACAGUAGCACAUAAUAUAACUGUCGAAGUUCAACUUCAUUCUACU